GAGUCAAGCGGGAAAGCAAGUGGGCGGAGCCAAAGGGGAAACUUAAUUGGGGGGAGUCCUUUAGCCGGGAAAGGCUCAUUUCGGGGAGCUAAAAGGGUGACUCAGAGCGGCUUCCAAAUGGGCAAUAAUUCAAUGCCACAUUAACAUAAGACAAAUGAAAUACUAUAUACACUGGGUGUUAAAUCAUGAAAAUUGGUGGCGCAGUGGGUUAAACCCUUGUGCUGGCGGGACUGAUCACUUGAAGGAAUUGGCGAUGAACAAGCCCAUAACGCCUUCAACAUACGUGCGCUGCCUUGGCUAUGGCAUGGUAAAACAACUAGCAGAUUUUAUUGAUCCGCAGGAAGGAUGGAAGAAAUUAGCAGUAGACAUAAAAAAUCCCUCUGGAGAUAACAGAUACAACCAAAUGCAUUUAAGGAGAUUUGAAGCACGUCAGCAAGUAGGAAAGAGCCCUACCUGUGAAUUACUUCAUGACUGGGGUACAUUAAACUGUACAGUUAGUGAUUUGGUGGACUUGCUGGUUAAGAAUCAGUUCUUGGCACCCGCCAGACUUCUUCUUCCAGAUGCUGUGCAGGCAAAAGAAAAUAUCUCAGUGCCUUUACCUUUCCAAGAAACAAUGUGUCUAAAUGAACAAGAAGCUCCUUUGGGGGAAAAGCAAGUGGCAUCUGUAUCUCCUCUCCCAGCUCCAGACAGAGAGCUUGAAAUGCCAGUUUCUUGUGGUCUGAGUACCGAGGAGAGUGCCUCACUUUUGAACAGCACCAGAUUGCAGAUUUUUCUCUUUCAUGAGCUGAAAAGCUUUACAAAUAACUUUGAUGACAGAACAGUGUCAGCUGGUGGCAACAAGAUUGGCGAAGGAGGCUUUGGAGUGGUAUACAAAGGGUGCACCAAUGGCAGAACGGUGGCAGUGAAAAAACUGACGGUUCUCGCUGAUGUAAGUAUUGAUGAUCUGAAAAAACAGUUUGAACAAGAAAUAACAAUAAUGGCAAAGUGUCAGCAUGAGAAUCUAGUAGAAUUGCUUGGGUUCUCAAAUGACUUUGAUCAGCCGUGCCUUGUCUCUGACUAUAUGCCUAAUGGCUCAUUGCUUGACAGAUUAGCUUGUCUGGAUGACACUCCACCAAUUCCAUGGAAAACAAGAUGCAAUAUUGCUCAAGGUGCAUCAAAUGGAAUCUGCUUUUUACAUGAAAAUAACCAUAUUCACCGUGAUGUUAAAAGCGCAAAUAUCUUACUAACAGAGAAAUUUGUGCCCAAACUUUCUGACUUUGGGCUCGCAAGGGCCUCAGUUAAAUUCACGCACACCAUCCUAACAGAGAGAAUAGUGGGAACAGCAGCCUAUAUGGCUCCGGAGGCUUUGCGAGGAGAGAUCACUCCUAAAUCCGACAUCUUCAGCUUUGGAGUGGUAUUACUUGAAAUUAUAACUGGGCUUCCUCCUGUGGAUGAAAAUAGAGAUCCCCAGUUACUGCUCACUAUCAAAGAGGAAAUUGAAGAUGAAGAGAAGACACUUGAAGAUUAUAUUGAUGAAAAGAUGAGUAGUUGGAGUAUGGCAUCAGUUGAACAGAUGUACUCAAUUGCUUGCCAGUGUCUGAAUGAGAAGAAGAACCGGAGACCAGAUAUUAAGAUGGUCAAGCAACAUUUAGAAGAAAUGGCGUUUGAAUAAGGUCUCUUUUUAUGUCCUGGCCUUGCUAUCUAAAAGAACUAUGUUUUUUCAUAGAUGAACUUGUUUCUCUUUGUCCCUUCAGGAUUGUUAAAAUUGAUGGGUUUUUAUAUUUGUGACCCUGUUAUUGUUUUCAUCUUUCCUGCGCUAUAGAAUCGGAGUGGACAAAAUGUGUUUCCUGGGUUCUAUGCCAUUCAACCAGCACCUUUUUGUGACUCUUGUUUUUUCCCUCUGCUCUAAAGUUAAACACCUUAAAGCCUUAUUCAAAUGUUUACAUAUCUAUGGGACUGUUGUAUCAUGUCUGCUGCCGCCCAAGAAGCUAGAGUUAAACUUUAUAUAUUUGGUGAGCAUUGUUAAUUACUGGAACGACAUAAGCAUGAAAAAAUAGGAAGGAAUCCUUGUCUUCACAGACAUCAAUUGGUAAGAACAUCUGCACCAGUUGGAUGGGUGACCAAACAUAAGGUCUUUAGACUAAAUAGAAGUGUAAAAUCACACAUAAACAAAGAGACUUAUGUAUAUGUAUCACUCCUUUAGUCUGACCCAGGGAGUAUUGGCACUCUUUGGCUAAAAAGUUAAAGUGGUGUCAAACUGCAUUAAUUUUACAGUGUAGAUGCAUCCUUAAUCUACAGUAGAAAUGUAGAAAGAAAAUUCUGGUUUUACCUUUUUCUUUGUUCCACAAACCCACAAUUGUUAGAUUUUCUACACUUGUGUCUCAAUAACAUUAGUGGUAAGAGGGCAAGAAAACUGUACCUAACAAAGUGGCAGGUUAACAUUCAAUUAAGUGUAUUUUAACUCAACCCCAUUUAUUUAAAUAAAUUGUUUUAAUAAUGGCAGGAUGGCAAUACAAAUUGCAAGAGAACAUUUUAGAGUAGAGUGCUUCUGUCUAACAUUCCAACCAUUCUAUUACAUCCUCCCUAUUUUUCAUUUCUCAUUUGAAAGCCAGUAUUCAUGCCGAUUGAGCCUCUUCGAAUCUCGCUGGGCUGCUUUUUUGGCACAGUGAGCACUUUAUAAUAUUUCUUCUCAAAAUUCUACUUCUGUAAACCGUUUCCUGAAUCUGCUGAUACCUCUCUCUUAAACUGUAGUACAAGUUGUACAAUUCUGGCUACAUAAGCACUGAACUUGCAAUUUGAACAUCAGAACAGUGAUUUAACUUUAAGGGGCUAUUUAAUAAAUUGGUGUAAUUAAA